CGCGAUAAAAACGGCGUCGUGAUUGGAGACAGCGUUUGUUGAUUGUUUUAGCGGCAGCGCAAGGCUCUUUCCGCCGGGCACCCUUUCCCCGGCGCCCCCACCGCCGCGCUCGGGGAUUAAACGCGGGCCGGAGGCGGUGGGGAGGCGUGGUCAUUGUGUUAGGGGGCGUGGCCUGUGGGGGCGUGGCUGUCCUGCUCCAGGCUAUAAAAGGGUGGCGCGGGGGCUGGCCGUUCCCGCCGGGCUCAAGAUGGCGGCGCUGAGGGUGGUGGGAGCGGCCCUGCUGCGGCCCGAGGCGGCAGCGGCUACCAGGCUGGGCUACCACAAGAAGGUAGUGGAUCACUACGAGAACCCGCGCAAUGUCGGCUCGCUCGACCGCAACGCCAAGAACGUGGGCACCGGCCUGGUGGGCGCCCCGGCCUGCGGCGAUGUCAUGAAGCUGCAGGUGGAAGUGGAUGAGAGCGGGAGGAUCGUCGAUGCCCGUUUCAAAACCUUCGGCUGCGGGUCGGCGAUCGCGUCGAGCUCGCUGGCGACAGAGUGGGUCAAAGGGAAAACGGUUGACGAAGCAUUGAAAAUCAAGAACACGGAUAUUGCUAAAGAACUCUGCCUUCCUCCAGUCAAGCUGCACUGCUCCAUGCUGGCUGAAGAUGCAAUUAAGGCUGCCUUGGCUGAUUACAAGUUGAAGCAGGAUCCAAACAAAGAAGAGUCAGAGAAGAAAGCAAACAAUGCCUGAACUGACUGUAAAGUUUGUUCUCAUUCCAGUUAAAUUUGCAGUGCAAUUAUUUUAGCUAUCAGUAGGAUCCUGUGCACUACUAAACAAAGCUGUAAGAUACGCACAACUUACGCACAACGUGUCACUGUUCAUUUGUGCACAGGCACUCCCGUAGUGCUUGCACGGCUGGGAUGUGGGUAUUUCAGCAGCAUGUGUCCUCUCACAACUGCAUUUGAAAUGUUAGAGUGAAGAAGACUGUUCAACUGCAGAGGACUCAGGAGAGAAAAUCCUGCUGGUCCGGUACUGGAAGGGCUGCACUUUUUUGGGAAGAUGUAUAGUUUUGCCUAAUCUUUUACAGGAUUUAGUGGGAACCAUGGCCUUGGUCUGAAUGUUGAUGUAAGAACUGCAGAUCAGUCCGUGUGUACAAACACGGGGCAGUGCCCCUGCCCGCAAACUA